AUGCCAUCACGCACCAACGUAGACAAGUCGGAUGAUGUUACCCUAUCCCUAUCUGAAGUUACUCCUAGUGGUGAUAGCCCUUCUGCCAUAACAUCACCAAGAUCGACAUCAACCAGCUCUUUGGUUGAAAUCCCAACGACCAGAAGCUCUUCACGUGGAACGUUAUCUGGCCAGGGUUCUGUUGAACCCGCGGUUAAACCUUCUAACGAAACCGAACGAGCAGCUACCAAAGCAGGUCAAUCAAAUCAAAAUCCACGUGCAAUCUACAAACUCAGAGCUCGCCCGGCUGUGAGACACGCCCCGUCUGAAGAUGUUUAUCGAUGUGUUCGUACGUUUGAAGUCGAGAAUGGUGAUGCAGGGAGUGUUAUAUGUGUAACCAUUCCGAAUCGUGUCUCGUCCUUACGUAUAGACUUACCAUCCAAAAGAGCGGCAUUUCUUUACCGCCUGGAUGGCUUCUACGAGCACGGUUCCAAACCGACAUACUGUCCGGAGAACAGCUCUGGUUUCUCGGAGUCCGUUGUAAUCUACGAAAUGGGUCGCAAAGUUGAUUUAUCAAAAACAAGAGAUAUCAAUGAAUGGCAAGUUCGGGAGUUGCAAGGUGACGGUGUUGACCUCCCUUUUCGAGGUAUAGCGAGGUUUCACAUGUCAUGGUUGUCUAUGGCUAGGUCCGGUAGAGAGAGGGCGGUUGAAGUUGUCAACGCUCACUCGUACGUGUCAAGCAUGCUUCAAUUAUUCAAAGAUAGGUUACUCAAGUUGUGGCAGCAGCAAAAGUUGCCAGAUGGCGUAUUAGCUAUGGAGUUCUGUGAUUGGUUUUUAAGUGCAGCUGCAUUACAUGUAAUUCUAAUGUUUCUUUCUUUGGAUAUGUAUAUAUAUACAUGGAGAACUGACUGCUUGCUCCGUGAUUUCCUCAGGUGCCUCGUGUUUAUUUGA